CGAACGAACGGCGGAGGCGCCACAGAACUGUAGAGCGUGUCACGAUAGCCGGCGGACGCGCGCCAGCCAAGCAGCCAACGGACAGUUUUGACAUUCGGCCGGAAGUAGCGCACAUAUGUUUCCGACGUCGCCGCUGCGGAGGCGCGGCUGCGCAGUCGGCUCGCGGUCCGAGUUAUGUCGACUGAUGUCGACCGAGGAACGGUGGUGGAGGAGUGAUGUAUAAUACGUUGACAACUGUUAUCAUGACCACCUUCGUGGCGAUAUCCUUCGGUUGAGGAGGUGCGCCGUGGUCAGUCUAUACGCGAGAAGGAGACCGUGUUGACGGGAAACCUACCUUAUUGCGGUUGAUCAGGGACAGGUCUCUCGCUCUUUCCUCUCGUUCUCUCUCUCUCUCUCUCUCUCUCUCUCUCUCUCUCUCUCUCUAUACGGAGAAGGAGGAGAGGUCCAGCCGCGCGAGAGAGCGCCGCACUAGAUCGUCGUGCCGUCGUACCGUAUCGUACCGUACCGUACCGUGCCGUUCCGGGGGCGGUGAUCGGCGCGAUCGGCCGAGCGGAGCGGAACGGAGCGCAGCGGGAGCGCGAAGGGCCCUAUGUCAAAUCGACGUCGACGGCGAGGACGAAGCGCGCCAGCAUGAAGAAACUAUUCUCCAAGAUCGACAACACGUCGAAGGAACCCAACAGUUACCUGGGGAAGGUGUUUGUCGUGGGCCGCCACACCGUCACCGUCGAAGAGGUCCUGGCAGAAGGAGGAUUUGCGAUUGUAUUUUUGGUCAAAGCCUCAGGUGGACGAUAUGCACUUAAACGAAUGUAUGUCAACAAUGAACAUGAUCUCAAUGUGUGCAAAAGAGAAAUUCAAAUUGCUAGCAACCUGAGUGGUCAUAAAAAUAUCAUAGGAUAUGUAGAUAGUAGCAUAACUCACACCACUGGAGGAAUACACGAACUUCUGCUUUUAAUGCCUUACUGUAAAUCCCAAGUUCUUCAAAUGAUGAAUAACAGGUUGCAGACAGGUUUCAGUGAAUCGGAAGUUUUACAAAUUUUUUGUGACGUUUGUGAAGCCGUGUCAAGAUUGCAUCACUGUCAAACGCCCAUAAUUCAUAGAGAUCUCAAGGUGGAAAAUAUAUUGCUCGCUGACAGCGGUCAUUACGUUUUAUGUGAUUUUGGAUCUGCGACGGGAAAGGUUCUUAGUCCCGGUGUCCACGGUGCUGCUGUAGUCGAGGAAGAAAUAAAGAAAUACACCACCUUAAGCUAUAGAGCACCUGAAAUGGUUGAUAUGUACUGUGGAAAGCCUAUUACUACAAAAGCAGAUAUUUGGGCUUUAGGAUGUUUGUUGUAUAAACUCUGCUUUUUUACACUACCGUUUGGCGAAAGCACGCUUGCCAUACAAUCUGGAAAUUUCACUAUACCGGAUAAUUCAAGAUAUAGUAGAGCACUCCAUUGUUUAAUUCGAUACAUGCUUGAGCCAGAUCCUGACAUACGUCCUGAUAUUUAUCAAGUUUCCGCAAUUGCUUUUCAAAUUCAGGGCAAAGAGUGCCCUGUGCAAAAUUUACAUAAAGUCCCAACCCCAACGCUAGAAUCAUUAUCAUGCCCACCUAUGGAAUCCGAAAAUAUUAAAAGAUCGGCAUCUGUAAAAACUCCGAAACCUACGCCUAUAUCAACGACGGUUGAGGGCACAUCUGUGACGCCAAGGCAAAGACCAAAGGGGCAAGCCGUUAGCACGGGACCGAUCAAUUUGAGUGGUCAAAUCGUAGGACAAAUAUCAGGCCAAGGAAAUCAGACGCAAACUACGCCGUCAAAUUCUAUCUCUUAUGUUCAAGUAUCGCCACACGUUUGCACCCCCAGUCAAAAUAUUCCCUUUGGCCAGUCGCAAGGACAGCCGUCGCAGUACGGUCAAUCACAGAGCCCAAUGAUUAGUCAUUCUCCUUUAACUCAGCAAUCACCCGUUACCGUUCAAGAUAAAAAUGCAUUUUACUUCGAUUCGAGGCAGCACGACGCGAGAGCUACGACGAACGUAAACGAGAAAAAUUUGGAAGCUCUAUUUCCGCCGUCAGGGUAUCCAGAUCCGUUCAAGGACGACGCAAGAGCGAUGCCGCCACCUGCCAAAAUACCACCUCCUGUUGCACCGAAACCCGGCAAGAUUCUUCCGAAACUGUCUAAUCCUAGUUACCCAUCGUCAUCCAAGUAUCCGCCAGUCACUUCAUUACCGUCGAAAUUAUCCAUUCCGACGGGGCCUAACAAGGCGACUCCAUCAACGGUGACACCAUCGGCUUUGCCGAAACCGGUUAAUAAGACAGAAAGUUUGAGUCAAAAUAUAAGUUCGAGCAUAUCUCCGCCUGACAGUCCGACAUUAUCGUCCUCACGUCAUAGAAGGAACGUCAGUGACACGAGUGCUUUUAAUAAAGCGUUUGCAACUGAAACCACUCAAUUCUUAGCGCCAUAUGAGGCUUCGGUCAAGCCACGUUCAGAUGAUCCAACUACGCCACCGGAACUUCCAAGUGACACAAGGCCUUGUAUAGCAACUAGUGCCUCGCAUGUACGUGUUGGUGAACUUUCAAGCCUAAUGGGAUCAGAGGGGAGAUCAUUGAGCGCAGACGUAGCGACGUGGAAUCCGUUUGAGGAUGUACAGCCUUUUAAUCAGUUAACGGAAGAUCAUAUCUUUGGUGCUGAAUUUGAUAAAAUAAGGAGAGGAAGCAACACCAGUAUCAGUGGGGUAAAAAGUCGCGAAAGCCUUGUUAUGACAUAUACGGAAUUACCAGAAGAUCCUUUUGAAUCUGCACCCUUUAGCCUGCCAACGGGGAAGAAGAAUAAAAUUGGGUCAAAGACUGCUGCUAUUGCUGGAGGGAAAUCAACGAAUGGUAGAGCGAGAGUGCCCUUGGCACAGUGGAAUUCCGGGGUUGAGCACGGUGGCAACGUUGGUGGCGUGGACGACGAGGCGUCCUUGAUUACGGAAUCCAGCCCAGUUUCACCGCCGUUUGUCCGUGCGCCGGCGGAGGACCGUUCCAAAUACGAGAAGCUGGCAUUCAAUGCCGAUGAGAUAUCGAGUGAUAGCGACAAGGAAGCCAAGGAGGUGAAGGAGCGAGCGAAGAAGGCAAAGAGAAGGCGUGUAAAGAACGUGCUGAGUCGCAGAAGAAGAGUCGCUGCUCAGCUGCACGACAACGCGGAUAACGUGACGAACGUGGAUUACGAGUCGGACGAUUCGAUCGGUUCGGCCAGCGACCUACGCGCGAUGAACGACGAGGAAGGCAAUGACGGCGAGGUGAACGACGACGAGGACGAUGAGGACGGCGACGUGUGCGGAAAGCACGACGAGACCAUCUCCGAGAGUGUGCGCACGUGUGGCAGUUCGGCGUAUCACGCCGAGUGCGAGUCUGUUGCGACACAUGAAGAUGACUACAGGAUGAAGAGGCCGAGGAAGCACCACUAUCGGCAGCAGGAGCAACAGCUGCCGACAAUCAACGCGGAUCCGAUCGUUGGCCAUCAGUAUGGUGAGAAGCCAUUGUUGUUGGACGACGAACUAGACCCAGAGUCCAAACCGGAGCAGUCGCACGGCGAUCCUUUCGUGCGACAUCAGUAUGGCUCAAAGCCGCUGCUGUUUAAUAACGGCGACAGCUCGUCUGACGACAACGACAAGUCUAAGUCGCUCAACAACGGGAUCUGGAAAGUGGAGGAUGACGUGUUCGCCUUGGCACCUUUUCCGAGGUCCAGCAGCUCGCGGAAGAGCAGCGACAGUCGCGAGAGCGAGUCCAGGAACAUCGAUCUAGGCGGCAGUGCAAGAAACUCGCCUCACAACUCGAAUCUGGUGACGCCAAUCUCGAGCUCGCCUAUACCAGCGGAGGUGUUUGUAGACGUGGUAGAAAGUAAACCCGCGCCUCCGUCGUCCAAGUCUGCCGUUCUCUCUUGUAAAUAUCUCAAAAGUAUCGCAAUUGUGAAUACUAAGACUAUCUACGAAGAGCCAGUGUCGUUCCAUCAGCCGAGCGCUAUCCAAACGUCGUCGCCAGUCAAAAGCAGUCCUCACGUCAGCGUUGCCGAGGAGGAGGCGGAGGAGGAGGAGGAUGAGGAGGAGAACGUUGAGAAGGAUCUCUUCGGUUCCUCCCCGUUUAGUCCGAGCGGAUUCACCAAUCCCUUUAACAACGCUCAGUCCAAUUUUUCGAACAUCGACUCCGCACCGACUCAGCCCCUGUCAAUCCUGAGUCCAGUCGGUCCUUCAUCGUAUAUUGAUUAUGCCAACUGCGUUUCACUGCAGUCCCACAACGCGGCAUCGGACAAUUAUUUCACUAGUCACUCGAGCACAAUCGCGUCCACGUCGAAAUAUGGCAUGGUGACGGUGAACUCCGACCCAAUGAUUAGUGUGGAACCCUCCAAGGAUCUCUUCGGAUCAAUUCCGUUCGAGGAAUUCGCCUCGCUGAAGCUCAAUGAGCAGCAGCAGCAACGACCGACGUCUCUGUCGCUGUCGCAGUCGCUGUCACAGUUGCAGUCACAAUCGCCGAACUACGUGGACAAUGUCCCGUUAACGACGUUACCAAUUAGCAGCGUCGUGCAGUCCCCAAAGAAUACCGUCGUUCAUUUAACACCCACCCCGCCAUCACAGCCACAACCGUCCGCCUAUAUGAUUCAAACGACCACCACGCAUACCGCAAGAAUCACCGUGCACGCAGUCAACAGCGUCUCUAAGGUGGACAUCACAUCCAAUAUGAUGUCACCCAUGUCGCCCGAGCCUCUGGUCGCCGCGGAUGACGACACGCCGAAACACAAUAAGAAAGACAAAACCAAAUCGGACAAGUCUAAGUAUCACCUGAUCAAUGAAAACCACGGUGACGUCACCGACGUAUUACCGACUUAUAAGGCGUCUCACAAGAUCAAAUCGGCAAGCCACAAGAAAACACCCAAGGGCAAAAAGAGCACGGCCGCGACCGCUGGUUUCAGCAAUAUGAGCUUCGAAGAUUUCCCCAGCGACGAGAAUGAAGAGAGGCAAACAGAUCGAAUGAAGGUAGCGCCUUUCGAGGUGAUCCGCGAAGCGUCGGAGAAGCGUUUUGGAUCAUUGAAGAGGCGGAGCAAUCCGUUCACCUGAAAUGAAGUGGUUUUUGUUAGGAGCUAGUUAACACAAAGCCGUUAAUUAGCAACACAGAAACAGAUAGAGCAGCGAUAUGAUAUAGUUGAUUAAUUUGUUGUGUAUAUUGUAGAGAUAAACAUCGGUAAACACACCGUUCUAUACACACAAAAUUAUUUGAUUGGUCAGAGUUUUAUUACGUGUAUUGUGAAUGCACACACAUACACACACUAACAGCGUUAGCAAGAUAUUAAUCUUAAUAGAUAGUAAAAAUGACACGAUAAAAUUUCCAACUGGGAAAUGAUAUGAUGAAAUUUCCAACUGGGAGUUGAUACACAGGUUGUAUAUAUGUAGAAAGCGUUUGCGUUUAAGACAAUUUGUUUUUCGGACGCGCAAAUACGUCAAGAGUGAAAUUCCGAGUGAAUAAAGUUGCGUUUGUUUCACAUGCUUGUUUUCGGAACGCGCGUUUGUGAAAAAAUUAUAAUAAGUCAGAGAAAUUAAUUUAUUUAAUAGAUCUCUCGUAGAAGAUUGCAAAAAGUAAUAUUUAAAAUGUUUACCUCUAUGAUUAAGUCAAAUAUCGAAUGUUGCAGUAUUAGAAACUGCUUCUUUAAAUGCUUAACUUGCUCUCGAAUUAACAAAAUUCUACGAUCAUGAUCAACAUUUUUUUGACACCCGUGCAUUUUUUCACAAACGUCGACAAUGUGAUGUGAUAGCAGCAAAAGCUGCAUAUGUUUAUAUCAGAAGGCAUACAGCAUGAGCAAAUAUAUUUAUAUGUACACAUGCCUAACUGACAAACGUGUGAUGGAUCGUAUAAAGCGUAAUUUACACUAAUGUCGGAAAGUAUUAAUUCAUAUACUACCAUUUUUUAAUUACUUUUUGCAUUUUUAGAAGAUUUACACAGACAAGACAGAUAGCCAUAAGAAAUUGACGGAAAAAAGACAUUAUAUUAAAGAAAACUGUUGAUUUUUGAAAUAUUGAAAAGAAAGAGUGAGAAAGAAAAGAAGAGAAAGAUAAAGAGAGAAAGAGAAAAACAGACACUUCCCAACUUAUGAUUUAACAUAAAACCAGGUUGUGGAACUUGGCAGCUCGAUACCAAAAAUGAUAAAACUAGGUAGAGAAAGCUCGUGCAUCUAUUUUUGCAGCUAAGUCUUUUCACUACGUUUGUACUUUACAAAAUUUGUAGAUUUCUACUAGUUCAAUCUACUAGUUCAUA